AUGUCUCUACGCGACCUUGAAAAGCAAAACCAGUUUCAUAGUGUGGAUCCUGACCGCCGCCCCUCUUCGCAAAGCCAUAGCUUGUGUAACUGCGGUGAAAAGGUUGAGGAACAAGGACUACAUGCCCUGAAUAGUUCUGCACUGUGCUCAACCACAUCCCGACGACAGAUUUAUACAACUCUACAGCCCACGCGAUCUCACCUUACAUGCCUUAGCGACGACGCUGCUCCUGAUUCAACACCCUCUCAACAUGCCUCUGCUGAUCACGCCAAGUAUGAGGUUGGAUGGGACGGUGAAGACGACCUCUGGAACCCUCGAAACAUGCAUAUGGCAAGAAAGUGGUUGAUCACAUUCACCAUGGCUCUUUGCUCUAUGUGUGUGACGUGCACAUCUUCAUUGUACACAAUGACCUACAACCAGAUGGAUAAGGAGUUUGGCAACUCCCGAAUCGUGGCCACCCUGGGUCUUUCUCUCUUUGUGUUUGGCCUGGGUCUUUCUCCCAUGGUACUGGGCCCGUUGUCCGAAUUCUAUGGCCGCAGACCAAUAUACAUUGGCGCCUUCAUCUUCUUUACCAUCUGGCUCAUUCCUUGUGCCGUAGCACCCAAUAUUGAGACCAUGCUCGUUGCUCGGUUCUUCGAUGGACUAUCCGGAAGUGCAUUUCUAUCAGUUGCAGGGGGAACUAUCGGAGAUAUGUUCUCACAGAGUCAGCUUCAAGCUCCCAUGAUGGUCUACACCGCAAGUCCCUUCAUCGGGCCAGGACUGGGCCCCAUUAUUGGUGGCUUCAUCAAUUAUUUCUUGAACUGGCGGUGGUCUUUCUAUAUCUUGCUCAUCUGGUCCGGAUUGAUGCUGGCUGCCAUUAUGUUUCUCAUACCAGAGACCUAUCAUCCUGUGCUCUUGAGGAACAAAGCUCGAAAGUUGCGCAAAGAGACGGGUGACGACAAUUACAAAGCACCGAUUGAGAUCAUGGAUCGUUCUAUUGCCCGAACGGUUAUCAGAUCUCUUUACCGUCCAUUCCUUCUGCUCGUGUUGGAUCCGAUGUGUCUCAAUCUCUGCCUCUUUUCAUCAAUCUUGCUCGGAAUACUGUACCUAUUCUUCGGAGCCUUCAAUCUUGUCUUCACGAAAGUACACGGCUUCAAUUUGUAUCAGAUUGGAUUAUCCUUUUUUGGGUUGCUGGUUGGUAUGCUUCUUGCUAUUGCCUCAGAUCCGCUUUGGCAACGCAAUUACCUCCGACUCGUGCGUAACAAUUCCAACAAGUCCGAGCCAGAGUAUAGGUUGCCGCCUUCUAUCGGCGGCGCAGUCCUCACCGUCAUUGGACUCUUCUGGUUCGCUUGGACAAUUCACCCGUCCAUCCAUUGGAUUGUGCCCAUCAUUGGUUCUGGGUUUUUCGGAGCAGGCACCGUGCUGGUUUUCUCAGGAGUCUUCACUUUCUUAGUUGAAGCUUUCCCACUGUAUGCGGCGAGCGGGCUCGCUGCGAACUCCUUUGCGAGAAGCUCCUUUGCAGCACUGUUUCCGCUGUUCGCGCUGCAGCUUUACAACAAGCUGGGAUACCAGUGGGCUUCCUCACUAUUGGCUUUUCUGACGCUUGUUAUGGCUCCCUUCCCAUACAUCUUCUUUCUCUACGGCGGAAGACUUCGUCAAAAGAGUAGGUUUGCUUCAACGGGUAACUAG